AUGGAGCGGCUGCACCAGCCGACGGCGCACGAGUUGCGCCAGCAGCGGGAGGAGGCGGGGCGGCUUGAGAAAGCGCGGGAAGAGAUGCUGGAGAGGCAGCGGAACGAGGAGCGGCGAAAGCAGGAGCUGGUAACCCGCGCGGCGACGAUUAUUGCGACCGCGGGGAUGCCAGGCGCGCGGGAGUUCCGCGCAGAGCAGGAGCGGCGGGAGGAAGAACGGCGCGCGCAAGAACUACUCGAGCAGGAGCAGCGGGAGGCGGAAGAGCGGCGACGGAGGGAAGAGGAGGACCGGCGGGAGAGGGAAGAGGAGGAGAAGCGGCAGAGGGAAGAGCGGCGCCAGCAGUUGAAGAGCCGGGCGGCCACGAUUCUCGCUAAUGCGCCCUCGUGGGAGCAGACGCUACAGCAGCAGCUGCGGCAGCACGAUCAUGCUACAGCCGGGUUGCUAGAUCCAGAUGAUUCGGCCGCCGUUACGAAAAGGAGAGAAUCGGAAACUUCGCAGGCGCUGUCGUUGCGACGUUGCCCACUGAUGGUACAGAUCGACGACGCAAGCGACAGUAACAUUGUUACAGUCGCUUCCCCCGCGACAGGCUCCGCCAGGACCCCGUGGCAAGGAGUGGGGGCGGCGGAACGCAGCCCGCGAUCAACGCCGGUGGCGACGGCGGCAUUCGCGUCCGCGCAAUCGGUGAUGGCGGGAGCCAAGCCCCCCGGAUCGAUCUCCCGGGGCGCGACUCGGUCGUUCGGAGCAUCCGCCGCGCCGCCCCCUUCCGCGGCAUUCCUUCCGCCUAAGUCUCCCGCUGCGCCGAUCUGGGGCGCAGGCGCAGUUUCCGCCAGGGAGAGUCAGGAGGCGCAUUGGCAAGACGUGAGUCGACUGGAGGCGAUCAGAUCGCCCAAAGGCGCGCAGCUUUCUUCGUCGUCGGGCGGCUGCUCCGCACGGAACUUGCACGGGCAGCAGCGGCAAUCAUUUCACGGGCAGCAGGGCGAGCCGCUCGGGCAGAAAAACGGGCACGUAAAAAAAUCGGUGUCGUUUCCCGAUAUUGGAUGUCUUCACCCGCCCGGGUUUCCCGGGCAGGCCGCGGAGCGCAGUAACACUACGGUCGUGUCGCCCCGCCCGCCCUUCGCUGCUGCCGCCCCCGCGGACGCGCCUCGAACUCAGAUUGAUCUGCACCAGAGCCCUUCCUCCUCCUCUCCUCCCUCCCCACUUCCUCUCUCGCCCUCUCCCCACCCUCUCCUUCGCCACCCUUUCUCCCCUCACUCUCCCUCCCCUCAUUCCCCCUCUCCUCACUCCCCCUCGCAAGGCACCGAGAAACCCUACGGCACAUCUCCAACCCCACCAGCCUUCCAGGGCGCGAGUAGAAAGAAGGACUCUCGCCCGCCACUCUCCCCCACCUGCAUUCCCCCCCACGCCUCACCCACCGGACCUGCCUCCAAGGCUUGGCAUACCUACCCCCGGAGCAAGAGCUCUGCCGAAGCAGACGACUCGCCCCAGGAAGGCAAAUCCCCCGAACCUGAGUAUUUUCCUGAUAGGGAAGGUGUUGGUGAGGUGAAUAGGGUGCAAUUGCUAGACGAACGGGGUCGAGGUUCGGGCCGAGCCUGCACUGCCGAGGCUGAGGAUUUGCCUGGUGGGGUACUGGGAUGGGUAUCCCGAGCCAGGACGGUGGAAGGCAGGAUUGAGGCAAGGGGAGGGGGAAGAGGGAGGGGAGGAGCAGCAGGAGGAGCGAGAGAAGUGAGGGGAGUGGGUGAGGGUGUGAGAAGAGGGGAAGUGCCGCAGAGAAGACCUGAAAAUCGGUCCCAUAGUAAAUCCAUGGACUCAACAGCAGGAGGGAUGGGAUGCAGCAGGAAGCAAGCAGAAAGAGCAUCAAGCAGCCCGGGCAAUCAGAGAAGCCCGAGCAAUGAGGGCAGUGAGUGCAGUCCGGUGAACACAGCCGCAGGGGGCGACGGCAAGGCACGGGUAGGUUCUGAAAGAGUGGCCAGGAGAGCGCUCGUGAAGCAUGCGAGCAGUGCGGCAGAGAGAAGGAGAGGGAAUUCUUCAGGGGAUGGCGCAGGGGAUGCGGCUGGGGAUGGUUCAGGGCGGGGCGGAGAGAGCUGCAGGCAUAGGAGGGCGGCGACCUGGACCGAGCCGGAGGAAUUGAGUCCGGGAGGGAGGGAGGAUGGAGGGGAUGGUGGGUCGCCAGCUGUUACAGGCGAGGCUGCUGCAAACGCAGAGGGUAGUGGUCGGUGGGAGGCAAGAUCAGAGGCAAGACUUGGGAGACUUGCAGCCAAUUCUGCUGCUGAUGCUGGUGCUGGUGCCGCCUCAGACCCAGCUGCACGUGAGGCGGAUGCAGAAGCAGACGAGCGAGGCCAGUGGGAGGAGGCGGAGCUGCAAAUCCGCACGCAGUUCUUCAAGGCGAGCCGCAAGCGCCUCUUCAGCCUCGCAGCCAAGGGCCUCUCCUCCUUCUCCAAACUCCUUGCUGCCGCCAGUGCCGCUGCUGCUGGGGCUGCUGCUGGCAUGGGCGUGGGGGGUGUGGGGGUGAACGUGCUGGGUGGUGAGUUUGGAGAGGUGGAGGAGCGGUAUGAGGUGGAGGGAGGGAAGGAGCUGGGGGCGGGGCAGUUUGGGGUGACGAGGGUGGUGGUGUGUCGGAGCACAGGGAGGCGGCUGGCAUGCAAGACCAUCAAUAAGGCUGCUUUUAAGUCCAAAUCCGACAUCGAAAACGUACGUCGCGAAGUCGCCAUCCUAAACCUCCUCAAAUCGCAUCCCAACGUGAUCCACCUGGAAGAACCCAUCGAAACCCCCCACGCCAUCCACCUGAUAAUGGAGCUCUGCUCGGGCGGCGAGCUAUUUGAUCGAAUCAAGGAGCGGCGGCGGUACAGCGAGAGGGAGGCGGCGGCGGUGAUGCGAGCGGUGCUGGGCGUGCUGCAGAGCUGCCACCAGCGCCACCACGUGGUGCACCGCGACAUCAAGCCCGAAAACAUCCUCCUCGCCCACCCCUCCUCCCCCACCGACGUGCGCGUCAUCGACUUCGGAGUCGCCGCGUUCCUCAAGCCCGGGGGGAAGAUGUUGAGCGAUGCCGUCGGGUCGCUGUUUUAUAUCGCGCCGGAGGUGCUUUCCGGGUCGUAUGGGACGCCGGCGGAUGUGUGGUCGGCGGGCGUUGUCCUGUAUGUGCUGCUGGCCGGCGUGCCGCCCUUUUGGGCGGAGACGGAGGCGGGGGUGGCGCGGGCGAUUAAAGAGGAGGAGGUGGGGUUUCAGGGGUCGGCGUGGAGGGGCGUAACGGAGGACGGGAAAGACUUGAUUCUGCGGAUGCUGGAUCGCGAUCAGAAGAGGAGGGUUUCUGCAGAGGAGGCGUUAGGUGGGUUCUGGUCGUACAGGCCGUUCUUUGGACCACUGGCGAACUGCCACGUGGAGACCAUCUUUGCAGCCGUGGCGCGCUCCCUGCCUGCCGUGCGGUUCAGAAGGGAGUGCUUGAGAAUGGCGGAUGGCGGCACGGUGGCUCUUGAUUGGCCGAUAGGGGGCGAGGCGCUGGAAGGCACGUCGGCCAAUGGCGAGGUGCCACCUGGCACUCCCUGGCUGAUUCUUCUGCCCGGGCUGACAGGCGGCAGUGGCGACACGUACGUGAGGCACAUGCUGGUGCGGGCCAGGCGGGCGGGGUGGGGCACGGUGGUCUUCAACUCGCGUGGCUGCGCUAACAGCCCUGUCACCUCGCCCCAGUUCUACUCAGCAUCCUUCACCGAGGAUCUACGGCAGGUGGUGCGCCACGUGGCAGCGCUCCAGCCGCUCUCCCGCCUCUAUGCGGCCGGAUGGUCUCUGGGAGCCAACAUCCUCGUGCGCUACCUGGCGCAGGAGGGCGAGGGGGUGCCUCUGUCAGGAGCCGUGUCUCUCUGCAACCCCUUCGACCUCGUGCUGGCUGAUUGGAACUUCCACAUCGGAUUCAACAACUUCUAUGAUCAACGGCUGGGAUCGACUCUCAGGGGUAUUUACGCCAACCACGCGCCUCUGUUUGAGGGGCUAGGCGGCGAGUAUGACAUAGAGCUUGUAGCACGGGCCAAGACCGUGCGUGACUUUGACGUGGGGCUCACACGAGGUGCGUGGGGUGGGGUGGGAGUUGGGAACAAGAUUAGAGUGGCGUAG